GGCAGUCUUAAAAACAUAGUGUGCCGAACAUUUGUUUCGUGCUGCUGCACGGGGGCUGGAACCAGCUUCCAAAAGCAUUCACUUGACGCCAUAAAACUGCCUAUAAUCAGUCGGCGAAAAAUCCCCUUCCUGCCGCUAGCAUCACUUUUUCAUUGUUAUCAGUAAAAACUUUCAGUUCGAAAAAAUUUAAAAAAUGGCGACGCCCACAGUUGUAAAUUUAACAACUUUGCAGAAAAACAAAAAAUUGUUUUAUUUUAUUAUUUGGGUUACUAGCCUGGCAUUCACCGUGGUGAAACAAACUGUAGCGCUAAAUUCGGUUUAGCAGUGUCAUGUUUACUGAAACUUGCAUUUUGUUGUCUCUGCAGGCAACAAUUUUUCUUUGUGCGAUGCAUUUGUUUUCUCUAACGUUGCUUUCUCCUCAGCUUUUUGAGAGACUGUGCAUUGACUUUUUGCCCUUCAGUAUUAAAACUGCAGUAAAUAGAAAUCAUGUGGUCUGGACCAUCUGGGCCGUGGAAUCAAUGGCCGAUUCAUGCCUCCAUGUAUCAAAAUGUUCCCCACGAACAAGUGGACUGGGCUCAGCUGGCCAAGCAAUGGAUCCAGAUGCAGCAGACGCACCCCGGCGUCGAACUACCGCCCCAGGCCCAGCAUCUCAUGGCGUCCAUGCCUCCGAGGAUGUCCGUGCCGCCUCCCGUGCAGCCGCAGCAGGUCUCCGUGGUGCCUGCCCUGCCACCCCACAAGCCCCCGCCCCCACCCCCACCUCCGGCACCGAUAGGUGGCGUGGCCUCCGGGGGCGGUGCAGCACCGGCGGGCUACUGGGGCAACUCCUCUGCCUCGACCUGGGUGGUGGGAGACGGCAAGCCCUGGGCGACCGCGGGCAGCGUGGUGCCGGCGGUGGCCCCCGUGGCCCACCCUCCCCCGCCGCCCCCGCCACCUGCGGUGGUGGUGCCCCAGCCACCGCUCCUGGGGGUGUCUGAGAAGGAGACCUUUGACUACGGGCACGUAUCGUCGAGCCAGCCGCUGGCGUCUCAGAGCUACGACUACAAUCACGGCGGUGGGGCGGCCGACCAGUAUGGCCCCUACGGACACUUGGACCUGCCUCCACCGAGUUACGGCGGUCCUGGCCAGGGCUCCUAUGGCCAGUACUGGGGCAUGGGGUCCAACCCCUGCCCUCCACCCUUCCUGAGGAAGGAUAGGCGGGAGUUGAGGGAGGACGUCCAGCUGCCCUUCCUCGAGGAGGAGACGCCCCAGCUGGACGCGGCCAAGCGCAAGAGCCUGCCGGCCUGGAUCCGGGAGGGUCUGGAGAAGAUGGAGAGGGAGAAGCUGCGCAGGCUGGAAAGGGAGAGGGCAGAGGCGGAGCACAGGGAGAGACUGAACAAGAAGGCCCAGCAAGACAGCGACCCCCUCAAGUCCAAAUUCGAUUCGGACUCCGAGGACGAGAAGGGGGAGGGCGUGGACAUGUUCAGCGACGGCCAGCGCGGCCGGCGCCCUUCCCCGAAGCGCAACGGCCUGCAGACGGCUCGGGACGCUUCGCCCGACGAGGAGCCGCUCGAGCCUCGCACCGAGGAGUUCCGCUUCCGCACCGCUGAGGAGCGCCAGCAGGAACUGAUGCUCAAGGUGCGAAGAAUGCUGACUGAGCUGCUGCUGGAAGUGACGAAUGAGGAAGUGCUUUCCCUGGCCAAAGAAGUGCUCCAGAAAGCCAUCCAGAAAGCUCCCGCCCGCCAGCUCAGAUCAUCCUCAGCUUUGGCAAAUAUUGCUACCGGACUCGGCGGGCUGAGGGGCUACGGGAGCGACAGCGAGUCGAGCAGCGAGGAGGGCAGCGGGGAGGAGGACUCUGACGAGGAGCUGGAGCGGGCCAUCCAGGAGAAGAGGGAGGCCUUCUUCGAGUGGGAGCGCCGCAUGACGGCCGAGCUGGACGAAGCAGACCGGCUGGAGCGGGAGAAGCAGCGGCAGCAAGAGCAGCGGCAGCACGAGCAGCGGCUGGGGGGGGCAGACCAGGUAACGGAAGACGGGGGCGCUCGUAGCACCGGACAAGCAGACAAGAGCUCGACGGGCGACUUGGAGCACGACUCCUCUCCUGGAGCCUCAAGCCCCGAGGAAUCGGACAGGAAGGCCGAGGAGAAUGCGGAAGUGGCGGCGGCAGAGAGGCUAGAAGAGGCGAGCAGCAGCACCCCAGAGGACAGAGAGUCCGAGGGCAAGGAGAGGACAUCGCGGAGGGACAAAGAGGCAGCAAAGCAGGAGUCCAAGAGCUCUGGCAGAAAAGGCUCCAAAAGCUCAAGCAAGCAGGACGAGACACGGAAGUCGGGCUCGAGCCGAAGCUCGUCUCGCAGGUCCCCCAAGAGGAAGAGCCGUAGCCGCAGCCGCUCCAGAGACAAGAAGGCGAAGAAGCGCGAACGGCACAGCAGCAGCUCGCGAAGUCGUAGCCGCAGCGAGAGCCGGAAGCGUGGCAAGCAUCGUAGCCGAUCGCGCGACCGAAAGGAAAAGAGCCGCAAGCAUCGGCGGCGCAGCGCAAGCAGCAGCGAGAGCAGCGACUCUGGAAGCCGGAAACGUCGCAGAAGCCGGUCUAGAAGCCGGAAGCGGUCGAGCCGUAGGAAGAGUCGUAGCCGUAGCCGCAGCCAUCGUCGGCGCCGGCACAGCUCUGAGAGCCAGGGGUCGGGUAAGAGAUCCAGUCGCAAAAACAGGGACCGGUGAAACCGCCAACUCCAG